CCAUGCGUCCUAUUCCAGGAUGAAGAUCUUACCCCCGAGCAGAUCGCCGUGCUCCAGAAGGCUUUCAACAGCUUCGAUCACCAGAAGACUGGCUCGAUCCCCACAGAGAUGGUUGCCGACAUCCUGCGCCUGAUGGGUCAGCCCUUCGACAAGAAGAUCCUGGAGGAACUGAUCGAGGAGGUCGAUGAGGACAAGUCCGGUCGCCUGGAAUUCGGCGAGUUCGUGCAGCUGGCUGCCAAGUUCAUCGUGGAGGAGGACGCGGAGGCCAUGCAGAAGGAGCUGAGGGAGGCGUUCCGUCUGUACGACAAGCAGGGCAACGGCUUCAUUCCCACCACCUGCCUGAAGGAGAUCCUCAAGGAGCUGGACGACCAGCUGACCGAGCAGGAGCUGGACAUCAUGAUCGAGGAGAUCGAUUCGGAUGGUUCCGGUACAGUGGAUUUCGAUGAAUUCAUGGAGAUGAUGACUGGCGAGUAAAUAAACGCACUGCGUCUGCCACCCACUCAGCCACCCACCACCCGCUGGAAAACACCACCCACCCACUCC